AUGAAUCUUUUGGAUCGUAAUCUCGAGAAACUACGAGAGCAAGUAACAUUCUUCAAACCGUCAACUGCUUAUUAUAUUGCUCAUGAAGCAAUUUCAGCAAUUGCGUAUGUUCAUCGUGAUAUAAAACUUACAAACUUCUGUAUUGGAGCAGGUCCAUUAGCAACGCGGAUAUUCUUAAUCGAUUAUGGUGACACUGUAAAACCGGGCAAAAAAAUAAGAUAUGGAACUCCUGAUGCUUACACUUUACCUUACUGGAGCUUGGAUGCGCACAAACGUCUUGCCGCUCGAGAAAAGGGGGAUGCUGAAUCAUGGUUCUAUAUGCUAAUCGAUCUGUGAGC